CGAGGAAGUAGGGAGAGACCUGUUCAUAGACGGACUCCGCAACCGAACAAUAAGGGCGAAGCUGCGAAAGCAGUUUUCCCCCAUCAAUCACACGCUACAGCAGAUCAUGGCCGCCGCAAAAGAAAUGGAACGGAAGUUCGCGGUGAACUUCCUGGAAGGAGAAGACUACUCUAGGGAAGGAGAUUCAUCCGAGCUCAUAAGAGCCAGAGCUGAACUAGCUGCGCCGCAGAACAAAUUUGAAAACAUGGGGUUUGUGUCAGGUCAUGUCACCUACAUGGAACAGAUAGCCCCUAAACGACCAGUUCCAAGUGAGAUCCCGAGUGUCCCUGUCCCUGUAAUGUCAACGCCUGUAAGAACGGCACCCCCGCCCCCAGUCGAGACUCUCGUACCAUCGAAUGAAUCAACUGCCAUACUUGAGCUGACCAAAACUUUGGUUAGUCUCAUUCAGGAAAGCAAAAAGGAGCAGCGAGUGCACAAUGCUUGGUUGGAAGCCAUGAUGAGGAACAUGCGGCCCAUUGCAGUGCGUGCCCCUCCGAUUCAGCAAGGGUUAGCCCCGACACCCACUCUUGGAGGAGUCGCAAGCAAUUUGAACGUCUGUUAUGCAUGUCAUCAACCUGGGCAUCUAGCACGUGAUUGCCCUCACAGGCCUCCGCAACAACGUGUCGGGGUCGUGCCGAUGGCCGCGGCCCCCAUCGCUAACGGACCAGGACGAGUAAGAGCUUUGAUGGAAGAAGUAGAAGGUGGGGGAAGUGCCUUAGCCACCAUGGAAGAAGCCGCCGAGCUAAUUCCGUUAGAUCAGUACGUAUCACUUGGUUAUCCCGGGCUUGGAAUGAUCGGAACGAUCAGACCAGCACAAGAACUGAAAGAGGUGGUGGAGUGGCGACCUUCCACAAGAGAAAUGGAGUCGGGAGGACCCACCUUCGUCACUGGGGAAAUCGAUGUGCUUAACAUCGUUCGAGCCUUGGACCAUCAGAUUCCGCUUCCGAUCGGUCAUUUGCUUUCGAUCUCGGAACAAGCUAAUGAGCAAAUGCUACAUCACUGCAAGGCGAACCGAAAACGAUUCGCCCUCGCUCGAAUACCGAAUCGAGAAAUGAACAUGACAUUCCAGAACUUCGUUAACAAGACGCGGCUAACACAGGGGAUGAUCAACUUCUGGGUGAUCGUGUACAUGGACGAUAUCCUUGUCUACUCAGAGACCUAUCACGGCCACGCGCAACACAUCGAGUGGACAUUGGGAGCGCUGAGAGACGCUGGGUUCAAGAUCGCGCUUUUUCUCUCGGAAAUUUCAUUCUUGGGCGACAUCGUGACACGUGGAGGACUGCGGUCGGACUCAAGAAAGGUUGCGGCGGAUUUCACCAAGGAAGAUCGAAGGAGGGCCAACGAGAGGGCUCGGGAUUACAGAUGGAUAGAGGGCAGAUUAGAAAAACGGAAAACAGACGGCAGUGGGAUUUGGAUGGUUGUACUGCAUCCAUUCAUGAGGUAUGACUGGGUUAAAACGGCACAUGAAGAAACUGCAGCUCAUUUCGCCGUGCGGAUUACGGAGUCGGCUAUCGACAAAAAUGAGUGGUACUGGUCCAAUAUCCGCGAUGAUGUGAAGUACAUCGUCGCCAACUGUCAAUUUGCGCGGGCUCCUACUCUCUCCUACCGUGUUAAGGAGAACAGUGCGCCGCUAUUGAGCGAGGAGAAGUGGGACAAGUGGUGGGAGGACUAUAUUGAGCUCGCUUUCUGUCUAUUGGAGAUAGAGUUCUGCUGGUCAGAAGUGGCCCCGUUCGGAGAAGGACCAGAGCACCCGGAAGACAACGUGGAGCUUCUGAUCAUCCAAGCCUGGAGAACAGCGGAGCAAGGCGACCUGCUAGGAAUCGUAUUCAGGAAGGUGGAGGAGGGCAAUCUCACCUUGAUCACGGACGAGUUGCUGGUGUUUCUGACUCAGCUGGUGGACGAUCUGCCCCUGGAUAUCUUGUCACGAAGUGACAAGCAGCCUGGCACCCACGUGCUGUCUCGAACGCUCGAGCCGCACCUUGUGUGCUCCACGUGUACGAAGAUUGACGAGGACAACUGUCUCUACCCCUCCCAGGCGCUUUACUUGGAGAUCGACAUUACCGAUCUCACAUUUUGGGACCCGAUCGCAAGAAGAAACGCGGCGCAGGACGAGGAGAUAGGGGAAGCAGAGGAAGAGGAGGAAGAAGAGGAGCCAUCAGGCGAAGAACAGGACGAUCCAGGCUACGUAUCGGAAAGAGAAGCGGAGUUGGAGUACGAAGGAUUCGAGGCCGAGGUGCGCGCAGCGGCCCGAGAACGAGCGCAAGAACAGAGGAAACGGAAGCGCCAGGAGACUGCGCAGGGAAAGUGACCCACGAAAAACAUUUCCCUUGUCGAUCCGUCGAUCGGGGACCCGU